AUGGCUUAUUAUGUUCCAAAUAUGCUUGAACUUAACUCACAAAUUAAGCAACUAAUGAAAUUGGGAAAACUUUGUGAAGCUAGGGAUAUGUUUGAUAAAAUGGCUCACAGAGAUGAGAUUUCAUGGACAAAUUUAAUAGUGGGUUAUGUCAAUGCCGCAAACUCGAAUGAAGCAUUGAUCUUAUUCUCAAAUAUGUGGGUCAACUCUGCACUUCAAAAGGACCAAUUUGUGGUUAGUGUUGCCCUCAAGGCUUGUGCACUUGGCACAAAUGUAUAUUUUGGAGAAUUAUUGCAUGGUUUUUCUGUGAAAUCUGGUUUGACAAACUCGGUUUUUGUCAGCAGUGCCCUUGUAGACAUGUACAUGAAAGUAGGAAAAACAGAACAAGGUUGUAGUGUCUUUGAAAAAAUGACAAUAAGAAAUGUAGUAUCAUGGACUGCCGUUGUUGUAGGGCUUGUACAUGCUGGUUACAUGUUCAUGUUGGAAAAGGAUUCAUGGUCUUGCAAACCAGAAGAUCCGUCUUCUCCAUGUAAUUGGAACUCAAGCAUUUCCAUAAGGCCAGAAAUAUGCAGCUUGCCUGAAAUUGAGUGUCGUGAUACAUCAGAAACUAUCAUAUAUGGCUAUCUCCAUGAACAUAUAUCAUUAUUGGAAAUAAAUGGAAAACUGGAAACUCUUGAAACAAUUAAUGAAAAUAUUAGAAAAUGUUUUAAGAAUCCUAAGCUCUCAAAUAGUAAUUGUGCAAAAGUUUGUAAGCAUGCUUCUAUUGCUUCGUGUCGAUCUCUUAUAUACAAUUUGGCACAAAUCACUCCUGUAUCAUGUGGAUUCGUAAAUGGGAUUCAAGUCCAUAAUUUGAAUGAUGAUGGGGGUGGAGAAUAG